CAGCGCGCAGGGGCCGGGCUCGGCGGGGGGCGGGCGAGGCAGAGCGAGGCGACGGCUGCGGCCACUCUGCCAGCACCAUGUCGGGCACCCGGGCGUCCAACGACCGCACCAGCCACCCCGGCGCCGGCGGCGGGCUGAAGCGGGCGCGCAGCGAGCCGGGCGGUAACAAAGUGACGGUGGUGUUGGGGGCGCAGUGGGGGGACGAAGGCAAGGGGAAGGUGGUGGACCUGCUGGCCACCGAGUCGGACAUCGUGUGCCGCUGCCAGGGUGGGAACAACGCAGGUCAUACUGUGGUUGUCGAUGGGAAAGAAUAUGAUUUCCACCUGUUCCCUAGUGGCAUUAUUAAUCCAAAGGCAAUUUCUUUUAUCGGUAAUGGAGUGGUUAUACAUUUACCAGGCCUGUUUGAAGAAGCUGAAAAGAAUGAAAAGAAAGGUUUAAAAGACUGGGAGAAAAGACUGAUUAUAUCAGAUAGAGCACAUAUAGUGUUUGACUUUCACCAGGCAGUAGAUGGGCUCCAGGAAGUGCAACGUCAAGCCCAAGAAGGAAAAAAUAUUGGCACGACGAAGAAAGGGAUUGGACCAACGUACUCUUCCAAAGCUGCACGAACAGGUCUUCGAAUUUGUGACCUCCUUUCUGACUUUGAUGAAUUUUCUUCAAGAUUUAAAAAUCUGGCUCAACAAUACAAGUCAAUGUUUCCAACAUUGGACAUAGAUAUAGAGGGACAACUGAAAAAGCUAAAGGGAUAUGCUGAAAAAAUAAGGCCCAUGGUUCGAGAUGGCGUUUAUUUUAUGUAUGAAGCCCUUCAUGGCUCCCCAAAGAAGAUUCUUGUUGAAGGAGCCAAUGCGGCAUUACUUGAUAUUGACUUCGGCACGUACCCUUUUGUGACUUCAUCAAACUGCACUGUAGGUGGUGUAUGCACUGGACUUGGUGUUCCUCCCCAGCACGUUGGCGAUGUGUAUGGUGUUGUGAAGGCAUAUACUACUCGGGUGGGAAUUGGAGCCUUCCCCACUGAGCAGAUUAAUGAAAUUGGAGAUCUUUUACAGUCCCGUGGCCACGAAUGGGGAGUAACGACAGGCAGAAAGAGGCGCUGUGGCUGGUUAGAUCUUGUCAUUUUGAAAUAUGCUCAUAUGAUCAACGGAUUCACUGCCUUGGCAUUAACAAAGCUGGAUAUUCUUGAUGUCCUUGAUGAGAUUAAGAUUGGUGUUGCUUACAAAUUGGGCGGAAAAAGAAUUCCGUAUUUUCCAGCUAAUCAGGAGAUACUACAGAAGGUGGAAGUAGAAUAUGAAACGAUGCCUGGGUGGAAAACUGACACAACUGGUGCACGAAAAUGGGAGGACCUUCCUCCCAAGGCCCAGAAUUACAUUCGAUGUGUGGAAAACCAUGUUGGAGUGCCAGUCAAAUGGGUCGGAGUUGGAAAAUCAAGAGAGUCAAUGAUCCAGCUGUUUUAAGCAAAGGAAGAAGUUCAAUGAUCCAAAGCACAAUUCAGUGUUUGCUUGUUCCUUACUGUUUCCUCUUUAAAUGGAGAUAUUAUUUAAAACCAACAUGUUCUUCUAGGAAUUGAUUAGAAACAAAUUACCUGUUCUGUAUUGUAACAUUUUAUUUGUCUUAUAUGUCUCAGUAAUUUCAGUGUAAAAUCUGUUUGGUGGCCAUCAUCAGAAAGAAAAAUCUGAAAAGUGCGUAGCAAAAUAAGGAAAAAAUCCAUGUAUUUUUUUUUUUAAAUUUGAGACAUUACUAUUUGAAAGUAUUUUACCUCAGAAUAGAGUUAGUUCUUCCUGAUGAAACUGAUGUUGAGUUUUUUCCAGUAAUUACUGGGUGACUUCAGAAUUGUGAAGAUUGGAUUUGUUCUUCCACUUCAAGUGUUACAAUGUCUAUGUCUAUGUCUUUGGGUUGGCAGCAAUAAGACAUACGCUUUGUACUUGGAGUGGUAGGAUCAUACAGACUUUCCGUUUGUAAAACACAGUAAACACAAUUAUCUAUAAUUUUGAUAUAACUAUUUUUUAUAGCCCACUGAAAUGAAUGGAGAGAAGCUAAAAUAUUUUUUUAACAGAGCCUAUUCUAGUAACAGAACUAACAUCUGCAGAGGGGCCAAACUGGAGAAAGCUGACUUGUCUAAUAACUUGUUCAAAUACCCUGUGUAUGAACAGGCAAUCCUUGAAGAGACUGUCAGGUGUGCAGUCUUUAUUUUAGGCAGUAGGGAAGGAGUGAAUGACAGUGGAAGGAAGAGAGUCCUCAGGGUACAAAACACACAAGGAGGGUGCAGCCAGAACAACAUGCAGUAUUUUAGUGAACCUGAGACGUUUCUUCCUGCUCAUGCAGUGAUUGUGAUUUCCAAAGUUUUACUGUAGUUGUCUUUUGAGGAACGUGGGACUUGCAGCUCUGUGUGGCACACUUGCUUCCAUGGCUCCCGUGUUUCCAAGAAUAAAUCAAUGCAUGACUUAACGAUGACUGCUGCGGUAUUUACACCCCUCACACAUUUUGACCUUCCUCAGCAAAAUGUAAUGCCUAAUUAUAGAAGGGGAUGACAUGUGGCAGCCAGGGUUGUGACAUGCAGAAGCCAUGGAGAGGUCCCCAGAACCUUCAAGAAUACAUUUGGAUUUUUUCGUGGGUAUUCUAACUUUUAGUGGUUACACAGCAAGAGCUCUCAAAAAAGGCCUACCUCUUGUAGAGGAAAAUGAGUAUGCUAGAAGCCAAGUUAUUCCAUAACUGAAAUUUUCAGAAUAGAUGUUUCUUUUCUAUAUAUGUCUCAGAGAGCUAUGACAAUAUUUUUAUAUCAUUCCCAGAGGCUGUAAUGCCAUUGUGCAAUGUGUGAAAGUACCCCAUUCCUGAGAUAAUAACUCAAAGGAUACAAAAUGAUAACAUUCUUUGCAUUGGAGAACUCACAGCCCAAAGCUGUGAAUCCCGAUUUCAACCAGAACUCCUCUGCUGGUCUUUGACAAGUCAUUUAAUUUCCCCGUUACUGUUUUGCGAUUUGUAAAACAUCAAGUAGUGAAACUUCCUCACCUGUCUGACAGUGUUUUGGGGAGCUCUGUGGCUCAAAUCUGCAGUCCUUGUUCUAGCAUAGAUGAGGAAGUUCUACCCUUUGUAUUUAUGAGAGUUAAAAUGAGAGAUUUCUGACCUUAAUUACUGUUCACAAAGCACUUCUGAAAGGUGCUUGGUAAGUGCUAAUUAGUAACAAGCACUGUGAAAUGUACCUCAUUUAUAUGAGGUAAUUUAGGCAUAAAGGUUUUUGGAGGUAUAGUAAUAGUUCUGUUUUCACAUAGAUAACCAUGUGACAUUUGCCUACUGGAUUAACCUGACCUAUUCCUUUUCUUGGCCUCAUCUUCAUGGGUGCAUUUAUGUUAGGGAUGGCCACUGUAUUUAAGCUUUAGUUGAUAUAUAGACUAAGUCCACAAUGACUACAAGCCACUCUGUAUGCUGAAUAACUGGAUUAAAUGAUCAACUCUGAAUGAUGUGUUUGGCAUAUUAAAAAUGAGGAUUUAUAGCUUAAUUUUCACAGGAUUACUGUCUCUUGUUCACCUAAUCUGUUAUUUUCCACUAAGUAUUUUUUCCAUUAAGUGUCUAUUAGAUCCGCAUUGCUUGUAUUUGCUUUCAAGGAUUCAUUGAAAACCCAGUAAUGUUGUCAAUGGACUUGAUACCGUGGACAAUUAUCCUGUGACUUACUUUGUUACAAUAAAGUAAUACUGUGCUUUUCAUUUCACGGCAUGGAUUUUCUAAAAUGAAAUUUACUCCUAUUGAAUUUCACUUGUUGUCACUGAGUUAAAUGUGAAUACGUUCAGGUUUAUAUCAAAAAGCUCUUUAAUCUACUGAGUGACGUAAUGGUUGAUAAGAACAUUUAAAUGUAAAUUUGCAUUCAUUUUGGCUGUCUACCAUUAUUUUAUGGAUUAUUUUGUAUUGUUUGGAAUUUGAUUUUAAUUACAAUCACUGUGAUGAAUUUGGUCUCUUCUUCCUCCCCAGCCAAAUGCAAUAAUUGUGAGUGAAAUUGGUUGAUACAUCAUCCUCUUUGGUAUCUUGAUGGAAGACUAAGGGUAAAUGUCUGCCAAAACAACAUAAUUUGUUGUAAAAACUAUAGCAUAGUUUUUAAAAAGUAGCAAUUACCAAUUCACUCAUGCGCUUUAAUGUGUUGGAUAUAGUUACUCACACUUUCCCUCAAUAACAUGGCCUUCAUACUCAGAGGUGUGCUGCUUAAUACAUGCAGUAUAGGAUUUUGAAGCUUCUGUAAUUUUUAAUUUGGCUGUAUAUGGUCUUACAGUUCUGGCAUGAUGCACUUUAUAAAAGGAAAGAAAAUCAAGCAUUUCCAUAGUAAUGUGCAAUCUAUGCUCACAUCUUUCCCUCUAUGCAGAUAUUUCACUUGAAUUUUGGAUCCACACCUGUUAUUUUGUCCUGAAAAAACACAUUAAAAUGAAUUUAAAGUAA